AUGAAGAUUAUCGAGGCCCAGUCUGCCGUCCUCUCCAACUACGAGGUGUACCAGCAUGUAGCUGCUCAAAAGGACCAGUACAAAAAGACCAAGCGUCGUGGACCCCCCAACAUGGAAACCGUUGCUCGUGAACUGCUCCAGUACCUUCGCACCGCGCCCAGUCCUCUCAGCCAAACGCCCAUUACCUACACGCCCUCGUGCAUCAAGACUCUCAUUGAGCGCCUGCAGCCCUUUGAGCUGUCCAAAGGCGAAGUCGUCAUGAUACUCAACCUGAGACCUUCCUCCGUCGCAGCUCUCAACACCGUCAUAGAAGAUAUGGGUGAGCGAUAUACCGAGGACGAACAGGAACAGCUAGUCACCAUCAUCUCCGAGGUUCUUGGCCAAUUUGACGAGCCUGAGCCCCAAGAGGCUGCCGACGGCGACACAUCUAUGCAAGACCCGGACGCAGCCUCUUGA